AUGUCUAAUCAAAGGAUUAAAAUCUUUCUCAUUGCAGGUUCAGCAUUGCUCUGGGCUUGCUCAUUAGCAACAACUGUUGAGUAUGAUGCAAAUGCCAUCAUCAUCAAUGGAGAACGACAAGUAAUAAUAUCAGGUGCAAUUCACUAUCCACGCAGCACUUCACAAAUGUGGCCCGACCUUAUUCAAAAGGCCAGGGAUGGUGGCCUUGAUGCCAUUGAAACCUAUGUAUUUUGGGACCUUCAUGAGCCUGCGCGUCGCCAAUAUGAUUUUUCAGGAAAUUUAGACUUGAUCAAGUUUGUUAAGAACAUUCAAGAAGCAGGGUUAUAUGUUGUGCUUCGAAUUGGUCCUUAUGUAUGUGCUGAAUGGAACUAUGGAGGUUUCCCAAUGUGGUUACAUAGCUUGCCAGGGAUUCAGCUUAGAACAGAUAACGCAGUUUUUAAAGAGGAAAUGCAAAUAUUCACAACAAAGAUUGUGAACAUGUGCAAAGAAGCAGGAUUGUUUGCAUCACAAGGAGGACCAAUUAUUCUUGCUCAAAUUGAGAAUGAAUAUGGAGAUGUUAUGAGUCAUUAUGGAGAAGCAGGGAAUGCUUAUAUCAAAUGGUGUGCACAAAUGGCUUUAGCUCAAAAUAUUGGUGUCCCAUGGAUUAUGUGCAAGCAGAGCAAUGCUCCAGCACCAAUGAUCAACACUUGCAAUGGUUAUUACUGUGACAAUUUCAAGCCAAACAAUCCUAAGAGCCCUAAAAUGUUUACUGAGAAUUGGGUUGGUUGGUUUCAGAAAUGGGGUGAAAGGAAGCCACAUAGAACUGCUGAAGAUGUUGCAUUUUCAGUUGCACGUUUCUUUGAAAAAGGUGGAGUCUUUCAAAACUAUUACAUGUAUCAUGGAGGAACAAAUUUUGGGCGAACAGCAGGGGGUCCAUAUAUUAUCACUGCUUAUGAUUAUGAUGCACCACUUGAUGAAUAUGGUAAUCUGAACCAACCCAAAUGGGGUCAUCUUAGGAACCUUCAUGCUGCCAUAAAGCUUGGAGAAAAGGUUCUCACCAAUGGCACUGUUACUGAAAAACAAUAUGGGAAUUUAGUGUACUUGACUACAUAUGCAAACAAUGCCACUGGAGAAAAGUUUUGCUUCUUGAGCAAUUCACACAAUUCUCAGGAUGCUGAAGUUGAUCUGCAACAAGAUGGCAAGUACUCUGUUCCUGCUUGGUCAGUAUCCAUUCUCCAAGAUUGCAAGAAGGAGGUUUUCAACACUGCCAAGGUUAACACCCAAACUACUAUAUAUGUUAAGAAACCAGCUUCAGAGGGUAAACCAAUUAAUUGGUUAUGGAAAUCAGACCCAGUGGAAGAUACCCUUGAAGGAAAAGGCACAUUCAAAGUAUCUCAACUUCUUGAGCAAAAGGGAGUUGUUGUUGAUGCUAGUGAUUACUUAUGGUACAUGACCAAAGUUGUUAUCAAUGACACCUCCUCAUGGCAAAAUGCCACUUUGCAAGUGAAUACAACAGGUCGUGUUCUUCAUGCUUAUGUUAACGGACAAUAUAUCGGUGCUCAAUGGGGCAAGUAUGACAAACUUGGAUUUGUAUAUGAAAAGCCUGUCUCUUUGAAUCAGGGGACCAAUGUUAUAAGUUUAUUGAGUGGAACAGUUGGGCAUGCACAUUAUGGUGCAUUCUAUGAUCUAAAAAAUGUGGGUAUUGUUGGGGGUCCUGUGAAACUCAUUGGAAGCAAGUCAAACAAUAGUUUGGAUUUAUCAACAUCAAGUUGGUCUUACAAGGUUGGGUUAAAUGGUGAGGCUAGAAGGUUCUAUGAUCCCAAAUUUCUCAAUGGAGUUCAAUGGGACAUAAACAUUGCUCCUAUUGGGAGGCCAAUGACUUGGUACAAAACCACCUUUGAGACCCCUGAAGGUACAGAAUCUGUGGUGUUAGACUUACAAGGCGUUGGUAAAGGACAAGCUUGGGUUAAUGGACAAAGCAUUGGACGCUAUUGGCCUACAAUGGUGGCCGAUGAAAAUGGAUGUAGUGAUACCUGUGGUUACAGAGGCAAUUAUGAACCUAAGAAGUGUGCUAGUGGUUGUGGUGAACCAUCUCAAAGUUUUUACCAUGUACCAAGAUCUUUCUUAAACAAGGACACUAACACAUUGGUUUUGUUUGAGGAAAUGGGUGGAAACCCCUUCAACGUCACAUUAGAAGUGACAUGUCAAAAUGGGAAAACCAUAUCUGAAAUCCAAUUUGCAAGUUAUGGGGACCCACAAGGAAAGUGUGGUUCCUUCCAAAUAGGUGAAUGGGAAUCACGUUAUAGUAUGGCUGUGGUUGAAAGAGCAUGCAUUGGAAAACAAUCAUGCUCUAUUAAUGUGACAAGUUCCACUUUUGGAAUUAAAAAGGGUGGGAUUAAUGGUCAGCUAGCUGUGCAACUCCUUUGUGAUGGGUCUGAUCCCGAAAGUGGUCGUGUUCAAAUUAUUCACGUCUAG